UUGCUAGGCGGCGGGGGCGAGGCGGAGGACCGGCGCGUGACGUAACUUCCUGGUGCUGCGCUUUGUAGGCUCCCCUGCUCCAAGGCAGCCUUUCGGUGGGCGUGUAGGCCUUUCGGCGACUGAGCUAGCUUCGCGGGUCAGCUUAUGGCUAGGCAGAGCGUCUCCUGCGCGCCCAGGGAGGGCACCUUCGGCGACGAGGGGAACUAGGCGUCCUUAGGCGGCCAAAACCUCACUGUGGACUAGAACCUUGCCUAGUUCUAUUGACUUUCUAAAAAAUUAGUUCGCUUAUACAGUGGCCAAGCCUUACUCUCUUCAGCUCCCCCUUCAAGUGCAGCCUUUUGUUUCUGACGGCAGCCAGAUGCUUAUGAGAAAGUGCAGACAUGUCAGCAAUGGAUAUAGAUGCGGAACGGGAAAAAAUCCGGCGGGAGAUUGAAGAGCUGGAGAGGAGUCUGGACCCAAAUGCGCCAAGUGUUGAGGCUGAAGUAUCGGGCUCCAGCCUAGAGUCAGGUUCUGAUGAUGAAGAAGACCUUGAUGAUGAUUCUGAUACUGAAGUCAACAUGGAGGUGGACCCAGGUGGGAGUGAACCUGUCGAUGGGGAAGGCGAAGUGGAUGUUAGUCUCCCUCAGACCCCAGAGACCUGCCUGCACAUGAACCUGGUCUAUCAGGAGGUCAUUCAGGAGAAGAUUGAGGAGAUCAACCUUUUGCUUGCCCAAAACCGAGAGCAGCAGGAAAAACUCACCUGGGAACUUACUGGAACAAGAAGCACUAAAUCAAGCGACAGUAAAUCCUUGCCGGCAAAUAUGUUUCUGGGCCAUUUUAUGAAGCCAUACUUUAAGGAUAAAACAUCAGGGGUUGGCCCUCCAGCCAACAGCGACACCAGAGAGAAGACAAUGCAAGGCAUAAAGUCUUUUGAGGAGCUGAUCACUAUAAAAUGGAAAAGCCGGGAGAAGUUGCUGCUCCAUCAGUCUGUGGUGAGUGAUCGCUUGCAGCGCCUGCUUCAGCCAAAGCUACUGAAGCUUGACUAUCUAAAUGAGAAACGGGAGAAAUGCAAGGAUGUGAUGGGAAGGCAGAUUCUGUCAAAGCAGAUCCAGGAAACAACACGUGAAAUAAAUGAUAUCAACCUCCUGCCGGAGGAAUCUUUGCUGGGAAACAGGCUCGAAGAGCGUGACUGGGAGAAGAUUGCCAACAUCCACUUCGAAGGAACACGCAGUGCAAAAGAGCUGAGGAAAUACUGGCAGAAUUAUGAACACCCCAGCAUCAACAAGAAGGAGUGGAGCGAGGAGGAGAUUGAGAAGCUGAAGGAAAUUGCGGCCAGGCACCACUGCCAGGACUGGGAAGGGAUCUCCCAGGAGUUGGGGACUCAGCGCACAGCCUUCCAGUGCCUGCAGAAGUUCCAGGCCUUCAACAAAGACUUCAAGAGGAGUGAGUGGAGCCCAGAAGAGGACCAGAUGCUCUUGCACCUUGUCCAGGAAAUGAGGGUUGGGAAGCACAUUCCGUACUGCAAAAUUGCCUAUUACAUGGAGGGGCGGGACUCUGCCCAGCUGAUCUACAGGUGGACAAAGCGAGUGGAUCCCAGCUUGAAGCGAGGAGCCUGGACUCCAGAGGAAGAUGCUCUGCUGCUGAAGGCCGUUGCCAAAUAUGGAGAGCGGGACUGGUAUAAAAUCCGGACGGAGGUGCCUGGCAGGAAUGACAUCCAGUGCCGAGACAGGUAUCUGCACGCGCUCCACUAUGAUAUUAAGAAGGGCAAGUGGAGCGAGGAGGAGGAAAAGAAGCUGAUCGAGCUCACAGAAAAAUACGGCGUGGGCCACUGGGCCAAAAUAGCAUCCGAGCUGCCCCACCGUUCAGGGACUCAGUGCCUCAGCAAGUGGAAAGUGUUGGUGGGCUAUCGGAGGAAUCGGAGGAAGCAGCGGCAGGCUAGCCUUCGUCGGAAGCAGAAGCAUCUCCAGAGGACAAGCCUCGACGUCUCAUCCAGCAGCGAAGAUUCAGACCUGGAGAUGGACCUGCACGAGGAGAUCGCAGAAGAAGCAGCAUCCAAGGCCCGCAAGGCCAAAGCUGCCGCUCGCUGGAGAGUGCCGAGCAUCAACCUCUGGGCCCCCACGAGGAAAGACCUGUCGGAAGCCAAGCUGGAGCAGCUGGCCUCCGUUACUUUGCUUUCCAAGGGCUUUGAUGUGAACCGAAAGCGGAGGCCAGUCCCCGGCACUCUGAUGGACAAAGUAGAGCCUCAAGCUCCAGUGGAUCCUCCUGCUGGCUUAGAGUCCAGCGUCUCGUCGUCUGCCCGGAUUGAAGCGAAGGACCAGUUGGUGGAGGAAGGCAGAAAAAAUCCCAGAAGGACGAAGGACUCUUGGAGGGUUUCUUUGGCUUAUGUGAAAUGUGUGUUGAGGAGGAACAGCUACGCGCUGCAAAGGAGAAACCGAGAAAUCUGGCGGAAGAAGCGUUUUGCCUCCGCUUCACAAACGCUCCCCGGGAGGUCCUUGGCGCCAGCAAGCGGCGAAGGUCAGCCACGCUGCAAGAGAACGAAGGAUGGGAUGUGGAAGACAACGCUUUGCCGGCGGCUGAUGAUGGCCGUGACCCCCUGGGCUGGGAGCCUGGUGCAGGGCUGGGCUCUCCGCGUCAAGACGGAAGCUGCGCGCAAGACCAAAGCGGAAUUCAUCUUCAAGCAGCUGCAGACUGCCCGCCUCACAAGCACCCCCCUGUUCACCCUCUUCAUUCAGCUGCUACGUAUCGAUGUUGACGGCUGCAUGAAAGUCAUCCACAAGAGGAGGACGCGGCAGGCAGAGCUCCUGAGGACGGCCGUCGUGGGUGCAGGAAGGACGGAGCAGGCCUCUGCUGCCCAAGAUGCGAAAGCCCAGCCCAGCGUCUUCCAGAUGGCCAGUCUGCUUCCCGGCAAGAAGCUCAUCCCUCUGAAAGCCAAAGAGGGACCCGUCCCUCCUUCUUCCCGGAGGGCCCUUUCGCCGCCUCGCCCGCCGCCCAAGCCCAAAACCGUCUCAGAGCUGCUGCGGGAGAAGCGGCUGCGGGAGGCGAAGGCCAAGAAGGCUGAGCAGAAGAGGCUCCUCUUGGCUCCGCGGCUGCUGCUGCCCCCUUCUGUGAUCAUCCAGCAGCCGCAAACGGCUGUGGCCGCCCAGGCGGCAAGCGGGCUGCCCAACCCCAACGCGUCGCCCGUGCCGUACCAACCCUCUCCUGUCGCCGUUUCCGUGGCCCCAGCACUGGGAGAUCAUACGGCAUCCCUGCAAGAGGCUGCAAGCCGCUCUCGGGAAAUGCGGACGCUGGCCAACGGCGGAGGAGAGGACUCCUCUAGGGAGGGCAGUCAAGUCACAGGGGGGGCUAGUGCCGCUGCUGCCCCUCCGUUGCCAGUGCCUGCAGCAGCAGCUCCCGCUCCAGCGGCCUCUCCGGGCCCGGCCAUCAUCAAGGAGGCUCCGGGCCCAUCUCCAGCUUCCUGUGCCCAGGGGCUCCUUGGCUCUCGGCAGAACCUGGCCCGUUCAGUGCCCACCAUGGUGGUGGCAGCCUCCCAGCCUGGCCCCAGUGCCCUUCCCAAGCAGAUCCUCCCCAUUACCUGGGUGUUGACCCCACAGGGCCUGAUUCCCAUGACAAUUGUCAGCAUUCCCAAUCACGGGACCCCGCCGCCACCCCCCACAGUUAGCCCUGGAGCGUCUCCAAAUCCUGCCCAGGCUGCCAAGGCACUUUCUUCCCACAAGGUUCCAGCGGCAUCCGGGACAAGUACCCCACCCCCAGGAGCCCCACUGCAAGGCUCCUCUUGCAGCAGCCCACAGGAUGACAAUGGGGGCUCUCGGCAAAGCAACUCAAGUGCUCCAUCUUCUGUUCCCCUCCCUCCUGCAGCCUUGAGCCUGCUGCCCGCUCCUUGCCCCCUGGCACCCCCCCUGCUGCCUGCCAUUUCCUUGGGGAGUGCCCAGCCUGGCGUCCCUCCUCCUGCGCUCUUGAAGCUGGCCCCCCUUCAGAGCCAGGCCUUGGGGCAUGCCCUGCACUCUGCCCCUCCGGGCGUAGUCAAGGACCCCCCUGCUGGCCCAGGGACCCAGUCCCGCACUGUGUACACUGCCCCACUGCCUCCCCUGCUGCGGGAGGAGAAGGUCUCCCCUGACUACAGUCUCAUCUCUCUAGAAGAUGUGUCGGCGGUGAGGGAGUGGGCCAAGGGGGGGCCGGGGGGCCAGGCUGCCACGCCAAGGACCCGCCUGCCUGACCUGCCCCCUUUCCUGUCUAGCUUGAAAACUCUCUCUGUGCUGCUGCUGAACAAGGAGGCUCUUGAGCGCAGUGCUUCGACCCUUGUGACCCCCGGAGGGCAGGAGGGGGAGCCUGUUGGGCCAGACUGGAACGCCACGCUCCUGAGGAGACUGGUGCGGGAGAGGCUCCAGGACAACCCUGCCUACCAGCUCCUGAAAGGCAGGUUCUUGGCAGCGUUUACCUUCCCAGCUGCCCUUGCAGCCCGGCCUCCGUCCCGGGUGACAACCACGCUCUCCGGUGGCCGGUGGGGCGAAAGCAGCAGCUACGGGGAAGACUCUUCCUCCUCAUCGCCAUCAUCAUCAUCAGAGGAGGAGGAGGAGGAGGAAGAGGAAGGCAGGGAUGCUGGGAGAGAACCCUCUGGAGCAGCUGCGAGGGAGCCCAGAGAGGCGGCUGAUGCCCUUGCGGAGCAGGAGGAGGCAGGCGCAGACAGCACAGGCUCGGACCAGUCUGGGGCUCUCGGGUUCCGAAGAAGCUCCCGGCUCCAGACGAGGAGGAGACAGCGGUGACGGGAGCAGCCGCUUGGACUUGUGGCCUCUCUCUGGCUGAGCCGAGCUCCCUUGAGACAUCAGCUGCACCUCCCAGGACGAGUGGAGCCCUCUUUGCACUAACUUACUAGCAAUACUUUAACCUCGCCGGUUUGGGACGGACAUCAUGAAGAAGGAAGUUUACCCCACGAUCGGACUCUCAUUUGCUCCCCUCUGACAGCAGUGUGAAUAAAAGCCAAGUGCUUGAAAGGAAGUUGGGGGAUGAAGAAGUAAACAUUUAUUUAUGAUCUUUGUAACAUACCUUGUCUCAGUUGAACCCCUCUGGUCCAGCGCAUGUGUGUGAGAAAGAAAGUGAAUAAUAUGCCAAUUUGUAGAUUUUACUGUUUACUGGCUUGGAACAGAACAUUCACUGUUGUAAGUGAAUUUUUGUUUAUUUCUUUCAAAGUUCUCUGGUUUUUUUUUCUUAUUUUGUAAUAAAUAUGUUUAUGUUUCACUUUAAA